GGCCGCUCGCCGGAGCCACCCCGAGGCGGACCCCGGCCCCUGCCCAUGCGGGGCGCCCCUGGCUCGGGGGAGCCCGUAGGUCGGGGAGCAGCUGCAGGCAGCCGAGCUAGAGGAAGAGGAAGAAGGGACAGUGGUCAUCCGGGGCCACCCGGGCCCUCCCUGCGGCGUCUGGAGCCGGGGUCCGCCCCGAAGUCUGCGCGUGGCGCCCGCCCGGACCCGGACCCGGACCCGGAGCCGCAGCUCCUCGUAGGCGCCGCCGCCGCGGCCGCGCCGCCCAGCUCGCGCGCGGUCUCCGUCUGCUCGGCGGCGAUCACGGCCGAGAAAGUAUUAUGAGGGAGGCCGAGGACUCCACGCUCCGGACAGAGACGCGGCGCUGGGAUUAGGGAUUGCCACUUCCGAGAGGAUGCUGGGAAUCUGCAGAGGGAGACGGAAAUUCCUGGCUGCCUCUUUGACUCUGCUCUGCAUUCCGGCUGUCACCUGGGUUUACUUGUUUGCUGGGAGCUUCGAAGAUGGGAAGCCGGUGUCUCUGUCUCCGUUGGAGUCCCAGGCGCACAGCCCCAGGUACACGGCCGCCAGCCAACGGGAGCGCGAGAGCCUGGAGGUGCGUGUGCGCGAGGUGGAGGAGGAGAACCGAGCGCUCCGCAGGCAGCUCAGCCUGGCCCAGGGCCGGGCCCCAGCCCCGCGCCGCGGCAACCACUCCAAGACCUACUCCAUGGAGGAGGGAACCGGGGACAGCGAGAACCUGCGGGCCGGCAUCGUGGCGGGCAACAGCUCCGAGUGUGGGCAGCAGCCGGUCGUGGAGAAGUGCGAGACCAUCCACGUUGCUAUUGUCUGCGCCGGAUACAACGCCAGCCGUGACGUCGUCACCUUGGUCAAGUCCGUCCUGUUUCAUCGGCGGAACCCUCUCCACUUCCACCUCAUUGCCGACUCCAUCGCAGAGCAGAUCCUGGCCACGCUCUUCCAGACCUGGAUGGUGCCUGCCGUGCGAGUGGACUUCUACAACGCCGACGAGCUCAAGUCUGAGGUGUCCUGGAUCCCCAACAAGCAUUACUCUGGAAUUUACGGUCUCAUGAAGCUCGUCCUGACUAAGACCCUUCCUGCCAACCUGGAGAGAGUGAUCGUCCUCGACACAGACAUCACCUUUGCCACGGACAUCGCUGAGCUGUGGGCUGUGUUCCACAAGUUCAAAGGUCAGCAGGCCCUGGGCUUGGUAGAGAACCAGAGCGACUGGUACCUUGGAAACCUGUGGAAAAAUCACCGUCCGUGGCCAGCCCUUGGCAGGGGCUACAACACAGGCGUGAUCCUGCUGCUUCUGGAUAAGCUGCGGAAGAUGAAGUGGGAGCAGAUGUGGAGGCUGACGGCAGAGAGGGAGCUCAUGGGCAUGCUGUCGACAUCCUUGGCUGACCAGGACAUCUUCAACGCUGUCAUCAAACAAAACCCUUUCCUCGUGUAUCAGCUCCCCUGCUUCUGGAACGUGCAGCUGUCGGACCACACCCGCUCGGAGCAGUGCUACAGAGACGUGUCCGAUCUGAAGGUCAUUCACUGGAACUCUCCCAAGAAGCUGCGGGUGAAGAACAAGCACGUGGAGUUCUUCCGCAACCUCUACCUGACCUUCCUGGAGUACGACGGCAACCUCCUGAGGCGGGAGCUGUUCGGCUGCCCCAGCGAAGCUGACGUCAACAGCGAAAACCUCCAGAAGCAGCUCUCCGAGCUGGACGAGGACGACCUGUGCUACGAGUUCCGGCGAGAGCGCUUCACCGUCCACCGCACACACCUCUACUUCCUGCACUACGAGUAUGAGCCUGCUGCCGACAGCACCGAUGUCACCCUGGUCGCCCAGCUCUCCAUGGACAGACUCCAGAUGCUGGAGGCCAUCUGCAAGCACUGGGAGGGGCCCAUCAGCCUGGCCCUCUACCUGUCGGACGCCGAGGCCCAGCAGUUCCUCCGCUACGCCCAGGGCUCCGAGGUGCUCAUGAGCCGCCACAACGUGGGCUACCACAUCGUGUACAAGGAGGGCCAGUUCUACCCCGUGAACCUCCUGCGCAACGUGGCCAUGAAGCACAUCGGCACCCCCUACAUGUUCCUGUCUGACAUCGACUUCCUGCCCAUGUACGGGCUCUAUGAGUACCUCAGGAAGUCUGUCGUCCAGCUCGACCUCGCCAACACCAAGAAGGCGAUGAUCGUCCCCGCGUUCGAGACGCUACGCUACCGGCUCUCCUUCCCCAAGUCGAAAGCCGAGCUGCUGUCAAUGCUGGACAUGGGGACCCUCUUCACGUUCAGGUACCACGUCUGGACGAAAGGCCAUGCACCCACGAACUUCGCCAAGUGGCGGACUGCCACCACGCCUUACCGGGUUGAGUGGGAGGCUGACUUCGAGCCGUACGUCGUCGUGAGACGUGACUGCCCCGAGUACGACCGGAGGUUUGUGGGCUUUGGCUGGAACAAAGUGGCUCAUAUCAUGGAACUGGAUGCGCAGGAAUACGAAUUCAUUGUGCUGCCCAACGCCUACAUGAUCCACAUGCCGCACGCGCCCAGCUUCGACAUCACCAAGUUCCGUUCCAACAAGCAAUACCGCAUCUGUCUCAAGACUCUGAAGGAGGAGUUUCAGCAGGACAUGUCCCGCCGCUACGGCUUUGCCGCCCUGAAAUAUCUCACGGCCGAGAACAACAGCUAGCACCGGGAAGCACCCACGAGGGAGACACGCACAGCAGGCGAAGAGCCACGCGCUGCCUGGGGCCCAAAUGCAAAACCAAGCGAUGCUUUUUUGGUUCGUUUUGAUUUGUCUCUAUGGCCCAACAAAGCUGCCCCGACUACUGAGGUCCUGGACAAGGAUCCGGCCAGUCUGUUUCUGCCCGGUGACCCGGCAUUCCCGGAGUAAAAUCACCCACCAAUUUUUGUCUCUUCCAAAUGGGACAGAAGGGUGAGAGGAAGUCAAAAGGUUAUCAACUUACCACAAAGCCACAGAGCCAAGGCAGGGCUUUAGAAUGUUCUCAUGGUGUUUUAAGAAUUACAGGGCCCAACCUGGCUGGGGAGAAAGGGAAAUUAGGGUGCUGGGGGAUAGGCAUCCCAGAAAAUAAAAGCAAAAUGGUCUCUUCA